UGCAAACUCGACCAACCAUUACAAUGGCCCCCGCUAACAAGAAAGCUGCCACCAAGGGCUCCAAGCAGGCCAACGCCGCUGCCAAGGCCGCCCUCAAGGGUACUCACUCCUCCAAGACCCGCAAGGUCCGCCAGACCACCUCUUUCCACCGCCCCAAGACUCUGGUCCUGUCCCGCGCUCCUCGCUACCCCCGCAAGGCCAUCAACCACCUCCCCCGUCUCGAUGAGCACAAGAUCAUCAUCCACCCUCUCAACACUGAGAGCGCCAUGAAGAAGAUGGAGGAGAACAACACCCUGGUCUUCAUUGUCGAUGUCAAGGCCAACAAGGCCCAGAUCAAGCUGGCCCUCAAGAAGCUCUACGACAUUGACACCGUCAAGAUCAACACCCUGAUCCGCCCUGACGGCUCCAAGAAGGCCUACGCCCGCCUGACCCCCGAUGUCGAUGCCCUCGACAUCGCCGCCAACAAGCUCUCUCUGGUCUAAGCUGGAUAUUUUAGUUUCUUCGAAAUUAAAAAUAAAAAACGGGGAAUUGUUGGUUUCUUCUACUCAUUUUUUUCUCUUGUUCUCUCGGGCGCGGAAAUUGGUCUUUAGUCUCAACAUGCAUGCACAUAUACCAUGGGCAUUGAGGAAAACACUUUUUGGGAGGAGUUGAGCUCUUUUUUUUGUCAUUUUUACGGAUCGGAACAAAUCAUGAUAAAACUAUGCAAAACAAAAAGACAAAGCCGGUCCGUCCACGUACCGAUUUAUGAAGGGCAAACAGAAAUAAAUGAAGAUGAGGGGAG